AUGAUUUCAUGGAGCUUUGUGGCAACGUUGCUGCUUUCAUCUUUGGUGCAAGCCAAGCCCAAUCCCGGCGAUGGACGAAUUGUGGGCGGUGAGGUGACCACCAUAGCAGAGUUUCCCUACCAGGCCUCGGUGCAGCUCCAUGGCCAGCACAUCUGCGGGGCAGCCAUCAUCGGACACCACUUCAUCCUGACGGCGGCCCAUUGCUUCGAGGAGCCCUACAGCCCCGAGGAUUACACCGUCCGAGUGGCUUCCAGCGAGCAUGCAAGUGGCGGCCAUCUGCUCAGCCUGCGGCAGGUGAUCACCCAUGGCGGUUAUAAUCCACAGAGCCACGACAAUGACCUGGCACUGCUCAUCCUGAAUGCUAGGCUCAAUUUCACCGAGGAUGUGCAACCAGUGCCCCUGGCCACAGAGAUGGAGCCACCGACAGUGGCCACCCGGCUCCUGGUCAGCGGAUGGGGUUUCCAGGGGGAGGAUGGUGGUGACAAUGAGGUGGGUGUUUCCCCGCAACUGCGCUUCGUGGACGUGGAUCUGGUGGAGUCGCAGCAAUGCCGGCGUGCCUAUCGCCAGGUGCUGCCCAUAACCCAGAGGAUGAUCUGCGCCGCUCGUCCCGGUCACGAUAGCUGCCAGGGUGACUCUGGGGGACCGCUGGUGGGAUUUUCUUCGGAAGCGGGAGAGGAAGCAGCAGGAGAAGGAGAAGGCGUAGGAGUUGGAGGUCAAGGCAAGCUCUAUGGUAUAGUGUCCUGGGGCCUGGGCUGUGCCAAUCCCAAUUACCCGGGCGUGUACACAAAUGUAGCAGCCUUUCGCAACUGGAUCAAUGCCCAUAUUGGAGCCUGGGGUUGGAGUGGUCUUCUAAAUGGAUGGAGUGGACUACAGUAACU